AUGCCUCCGCCAGGCAACGAAUAUGCCGCCGAGCAGCUGAAGAACUCGGGCAACAAGUGCUUUAAGAAUGGCGACUACGAAGGAGCCGAGGGGUUGUACUCGCAGGCGAUUCAGAAGAACUCCGCCAACCCUCUGUUGUUCACGAACCGCGCAAAUGCGAGGCUAAAGUUGGAGAAAUGGGAAGGAGUCAUAGAUGACUGUAUACGGAGUAUUGAGCUCUUGAAGGACAACAUGAAGGCAUUCUUUUACUUGGCGCAAGCUCAACUCGCGAUUAAUCAUCCCAACGAAGCCCUAUCUUCAGCCCUCAUGGCCUACGAACUAUGCACCACCUCCGCGCAACAAACCUCCAACGCAGCCACAAUAUCCGCUCUCGUUUUGAAAUGCAAGAAAGCCAAAUGGGACAUCCGCGAGCGAGAAAGGAUACGGCGGCGUGGCGAUCUGCUCUCCGACCUUGAAAUGAUGCUGGAAACAGAGUUCAAGAAGGACAUUGAUGAGAUAGAAGCACGUAUGGAGACCGGAGAAACCAGUCGCUCAGACGGGCAAGAAGAGAAAGCAGAGCGAAAGACAGAGUUUGAGAAGAAGCGCGACGACCUCAGAACCGCAUUCGCGAUUUCCGACCCGGAGCAUCAGCAGAAACGCGAGGUCCCGGAUUACCUCGUCGAUGGCAUAACGUUUGAGAUUAUGCACGACCCGGUCGUAACUAAGAAUGGAAGAUCGUACGAGCGCGCUACGCUGAUUGAGCACCUCAAACGCAGUCCAACGGACCCGCUGACGAGAGAGACUCUUACCAUCAACGAGCUGAGACCAAACAUUGCCCUCAAGGAGGCAUGUGAAGAGUUCAUGACUGCAAAUUCUGGGUGGGUCUAUGAUUGUGAGGAGGGUGAGGUAGAUUCGGAUGCGCGCUGGGCGCACUUAUCUUCAGCUUGA